UGUUGAAAUUUUCAACAGUUUGGAUGACAACGCAACGAUGAACUUAAAAAUAUUAAUAUUGACAUUCUUGUUUUUCAAACCAAGUAAAGGUCAUUUCAAUUUCUAUGCUGGCCAACGACUCCCAGUAACCAACCUCGAUGCGUUGUCUGCCGUAUCGAAGUUCUACACUGUGAAGCAACUUGAUGGUUAUGGUAACUGUCUAGGAUUUACGUUAGAGACUCUUGGAACUAUAGUGCUUCAAUGUCAUGGUGAAACCCUGGAUAAAGAUAGCUGCUUCAAAGUAUUAAAGGAGAAAAUCAAUGAGAACGGCACCACAUCCUUUACCGAAAAGGAAAGAAGAGUAUGUGCCGAUAAACUGAAUGAAUCAUGUGCGGGACUUGCAACUCAAGAUAGAGAAACAAUUUUGAUUUGUAGUUGGUCGAUACAUACGCAUGUUGCAAGCGGAAUACCAUUUAAUGCAAGACCAACAUAUGACGUAUAGGACAGAUAAAUACGUUAACAGUGUUAAUACAACAAUAACAGUACCUCAGUAGACUGUAAUGGGCAACAUUUAAAUUUAAUUUUUAAGAAGCUAAUAAGAUCUCAAAAUCGCUUCACACUACUUCGGGAAAUUUUGUAAACAAAAAUGUGUACCAGUUUAUGUUAAAUAUAAAUGUAAUUUUUUAAUUUAAUAAUA